AUGCCUGCCCAGAAGAUUGAAACAGGUCACAAUGACACAGUUCAUGAUGUAACCAUGGAUUACUAUGGAAAGCGUGUGGCAACUGCUUCCUCUGAUACCACCAUCAAGAUAAUUGGUGUAAGCAACAAUUCUCCUUCACAGCACCUUGCUACUUUGUGUGGUCAUCAAGGUCCCGUUUGGCAGGCUGCUUGGGCACACCCCAAGUUUGGUUCAAUCCUUGCUUCCUGCUCCUAUGAUGGGAAAGUAAUAAUUUGGAGGGAGGGUAAUCCAAACGAGUGGACACAGGCUCAUAUUUUUACGGACCACAAGUCAUCUGUCAAUUCUAUUGCUUGGGCUCCUCAUGAACUUGGCCUUUGCUUGGCUUGUGGAUCCUCUGACGGGAAUAUAUCUGUCUAUACUGCCAGGUCAGAUGGCGGUUGGGACACCACAAGAAUAGAUCAAGCCCACCCUGUUGGUGUAACAUCUGUCUCAUGGGCCCCUUCAAUGGCUCCUGGUGCUCUAGUUGGAUUCGGUAUACUGGAGCCUGUCCAGAAGCUGGCUUCUGGUGGCUGUGAUAAUACUGUAAAGGUGUGGAAGAUAUAUAAUGGAAAUUGGAAGAUGGACUGCUUCCCUGCCCUUCAGAUGCAUGCUGAUUGGGUGAGAGAUGUGGCUUGGGCUCCCAAUUUGGGUCUUCCAAAGUCUACAAUUGCAAGUGCUUCACAGGACGGGACAGUUGUCAUCUGGACAGUGGCAAAAGAAGGUGAUCAAUGGGAGGGUAAGGUUUUGAAGGACUUUCAGACUCCGGUUUGGAGGGUCUCAUGGUCUUUGACUGGAAACUUGCUGGCUGUAGCUGCUGGGGACAACAAUGUCACUUUGUGGAAAGAAGCAGUUGAUGGCGAGUGGCAACAGGUGACCACAGUCGAUCAAUAGAUUCCCGGUCUUGCUUUUGUCUUUUACUUCUGUUUCCUCUUCUAGCUUUGUCAAGAACUAGUUCAGCAGUACUCUCGCCUUCUGAUUUUGCUUUGGGGUCCUUUUGUUUGUAUGGAUUUAUGUGAUUAUUGGUUUACCAAAUUUAGGGAAUGAACGAUA